GUUUCACAUCUCAGCCAAGUGACAUAACACCCAGUCAGCACUGCUCUAUAGCAGAUCAGCAACAUACAGAGCCUUAGAUCUUCAGGCUGAGGUGGAUCUCUGUGCCAAGCAGUCACAAACUCUUUUGGUGACACAGGCUCAUGGACGGUCUUAAUACAAGGCUGAGUUGGAGAAAGAUCUAACUAAAGACAUGACCUCAUAAAGACAUCCAAAUUCAACCAAGAAACAAGAUACCAGCAGAUGACACCAAGCUAGUGAUUCAUCUGAGGAAAUAGCUAUGCUAAUUAAGCAAACAAUGGCAACGGAGAUUGGAAUCGCUACAAGAAACGGUAGCCCACAUGCUAAAGGAGUUGCUGGAAAAGGCUCUCGACCCAUACAGAAGCAUAUGGCAGAGAAUGGCACCAUUCUCCGGUCGUUAAAGGAGCAAGCGGACAUUCAUGCUAAAAAACUUAGCGCAGUCUUUAACAAAAUAGAUAACAUUCAGGUUUGCUUACGCAAGAAUGAGAAAGUUACUAACUCCUGUCUCGCGGAGGUGACUAAGAUAUGGAAGAAACUAAACGACUUGGAGGAUAGAUUCAGGAGAAACAAUGUGCGGCUGGUUAACCUACCGACAGGCGCUGAGGGCAACAAUCCGAGAGGUUACCUCCAGGAGAUACUGCCUAAUUGGAUUCCAGCGCUCAAGAACUCCCACAGCACUCCACUGGAAAUCGAUAGAGCACAUAAGAUCUUUUCCAACAACACCUCAAGACCGCAGACCAUGAUCUUUAGGCUUCUACGGUACACCGACCAGCAGGCUAUCCUGGAGGGCGCGAGGAAAGCCAAACCUAUUCUCCCUGAUGGCACCCAGCUGCAGUUCUUCACCGACUACAGCCCCGGCAUGAUGCAGGAAUGGCAGGGAUACAAGGAGAUCCGCACUAAGCUUCGACAGAAGGGGAUUGACUCGUUCCUCAUAUACCUGGCGAUUUUGAGAGUGAAUACCAAGGGCAUGAAGAUGUUGUUUAACUCGGCAGAGGAAGCGAAAGAAUCCCUGAAGUUAUCGGUGCUGGGAGAUAUGAAAGAAGACCCUGGGCAAAGUCCACACGUCCCUCAGAAGGAGAUGGAACUGCAUUAAGAGCUCAGACCAGCCUGUAUG